CAUAGCUUUAUUUUCCAUCACAGGACAUGAUCUGCAAAUCAAAACUGUGGAAAAUCAGCUUUAGAGAACUGUACAGGAUUCUGGACUAAAUUACAUCUCUGAAGGGAAUAAUGGGUGCUGCAUACCCCACCUUGGAUGAUAUCCUGGAGGAGGACAUGCAUCAUUGGUACACCAAAUUCAUGAAGGAGUCCCCUUCAGGACUCAUAACGCUCUUUGAGCUCAGGACUAUGCUCGACAUGAACGGAAUGACAGAGGAGGCAAGCAGCUAUGUGGAACAGGUCUUCCUCACCUUUGACAUGGAUGGGGAUGGCUAUAUAGACUUUGUGGAAUACAUCGCAGCAAUUAGUUUAUUGCUGAAAGGAGAAAUUAACCAGAAACUCAAGUGGUACUUCAAGCUCUUUGAUCAGGACGGAAAUGGGAAAAUUGACAAGGAGGAAUUAGAGACCAUAUUCAAGGCUAUUCAAGAUAUCACCAGAAGUUAUGACGUCCCUCCAGAAGAGAUUGUAACUCUUAUAUAUGAGAAGAUUGAUGUCAACGGAGAAGGUGAGCUGACCCUGGAGGAGUUCAUCAGUGGAGCCCACGAACAUCCCGACAUCAUGGACAUGCUUGGCAAGAUGAUGGAUCUUACAAACGUCUUGGAAAUUAUCCUGAAUGGUCAACCGAAGAGAGCUAUAAACUGAACGUGAAAUCAACAAGCUGGAUUUUUGUGUGCAAAAUUGUGAUUGUGCUUUUCGAAAGGAUUUUCAGAAUGCAGCAGUUUUUAGGAAAGAAUGUACUGUAUGUGCUUGAUGGUUAAAGAGCAAAGUCCCAUCUCAAACUGCACUGAACUGAGUGAGCAGCCCUACACAGAUAUGAUGUCACUGUAUGUCGCCUGAGGGAAGCAGCGAACCUGUCCCCUCUGCUUGUGCUCUCACAUUUCUUGAACGGUGGCCCUCCAGCUUUAUUACAUUUUACAACAUUUUAACAAGCUGAGUGUUUCGUGAGUCUCUCAGUGAAGGAGGACACAGUUUUCAGGUUCCUACAGUGUGGCUUGAGUAUGAUGCAAAACCUGGUGAAUGAGUCCCUUUGACUCUUGGUUUACAGAACUGUCCGGCACAAGAAGAGAACUGCCAAAAUCUUUGUUAAUUUUGUUACAAACUUCAUUCGAGAAAACACUCCCUAUGUCAGACAUAAUUACGCAUUUGGGUAAUAACAUGUUAACACUAUUCAAAACUAUCCCGAGACUGUUCAAUCUAGUUGGUUUUGUGUUGUUGUUCAUGUGAAAUGUGCAUAAAAUUACACUGUUGCUUGUAUAUAAAUUGGAUGGUAUCUGACUAUCCAUGUAGUUACUGCAUGUACAAAUAUUUAACAUGAAAUGUUUUGCUUCAUUAUAUUUGACAAUUAUUUAGGUUACAAUGUUGCCUUAAAAUCACAAAACAUGUUUGUUGAAAUUCUUUUUUCCCCCCCUUUGAACAUUAAACAUUUGCAAAAGAGCAGUUUUUUUAAUAUUGUAUUAGUCUUCCCUUUUUCACAGAGUAAGAUACAAAUGUACAUGUAGGGCUGCCACAAUAUCAUAUUUAUAUUACAUGUUAGGUUAAAAAUCAUUUAUGAUGACGAUACGAUACAAAAAAGAAAAACCAUUAAAAUGAAUAAUGAUAUCUUUCAAAUUCCUCUUUAACUUUGGUUAAAUGUGUGCACUUGGGAAAGGGAGAACAAUUAAAGUUAGAAAGGAUCUAGAAGCACUGGAUUACACUUGGUUUACAUAUUAUAAUGUGUAUAUUGUGUAUUAUAUACAUGAUAUUAAUAUUGUGUUUUCAAAUGAGGUAAUAAUUCUGUCUUACAAUCGGUGUCUUCUAUGUUGCUAUGUUUACUCAAUGGUUGACAUUGUAAUAUCUCAGAAACGGCUAUCAUUCUAAACAAUAA